AUCAUCCGUGAUGCUUUGCGUCUGAAGUGUGGCUUACUGCACUGGCGCAGCUGUGGGAAAGCCCUUUUUGAGGUCAGCAUCCUCCUCCUUCUAGAACUCCCCAGAUGGAGAAAUGUAAGCCACUUGGGGGCCCCCAUGGCUCGUUUAACAAACGCUCUUCUGAAGAACAUCAUUAUCAGAACUCAGUUUGACAGCGUCAGGAAGAAACAAUGCCUCCAGUAUCUGAACACUCUGAGAACGCUACAGUAUGAUGGAUAUCAGACUGUGUACUUCGGGGAAACUGAGAUCCCAGAAACUCUUGUCACUGGGGAAGAUUUUAGUGACAGCUACUACAUACACACGCCAACCUGGUGUAUUCUGCAUGCUGGAGGCAGUCAAGGGUGGGUGCCUUGGCAGUACCGGAUGUUCCUGCGGGAUGACCUGUGUAUCAAACAGGAAGACAGCAUCUUCUUUGAGUUCUGUGAUGUUGUAAAGAAGGCCUACGGGAAGUGCGCCAUUGUGGUCAAAGGGCGAAGGCAGCAAGACGAGAUGAAGCCAAAGGCGGACAAGGAAGGGGAGGCCAAGGCCUAUGUCCCAACAAACGUUAAUUUAACAAGCAUCGUGUGCUCCCCAGGAGUGGCCAGGUCCUAUGGCCAUGAGCUAAUCUCGCUGCCCUCCCCGUAUAAUUACCUGAACCCCUUAGACUCGGCCUGGUCUUCUGUGAAAUGGUUUAUCAUCAACAACAGGAAAGAGUUCUGCCUGCAGUCAGCCGACCACAUCUACGCUUACCAGUACAUAUUUUUCAGUGACUUAAUCAGCAAAGGGAUUGAGAAGGUCAACCUGAGCAAGUGGAAGGCCCUCACCAACAAAGUGCGGAGGUGGGAGAACUACUAUCUCGGGAAAUUUUUUUAA